UGUUAAGUGUUGUCAGCAAGAGGACGUGGGCUGCUUCGGAUCGGGGUGACCGUGCCGAGAGAGACUCCUGGGGACCUUCCGUGACAAUGGCGAGCUUCUGGGGCAGCAGUGGCCCCUGUGGCCGACGGAUGUGUGCGGCUGGGAAAGCCAGCGGUGACCUCUGUGGUCUUCUCCAGUGCACCUGUCCCGCAGUGGGCUCCCGCAGCGUGAGCACACAGAUCCCCGCCUGUCUCCUGGGACAGCAGCACUCUGCAGAGGACGUGGCCCCGGAGCGGCUUCCAGGGACCGAGGUCACAGCAGCCACCGUUACGAUGGGGGCCCCCAUCUGGGUGGCUGCGUCCGUUCAGACCCACACUCCGACCGCACCUUUUCCCACCUUACCGGGAAGCUCCCUCGGCCACAGUGGCUCAGCAUCCUGGCCUCGUCCCAAGCAGCUCUGUCCCCUUGCUCAGUGUCACCUUGGGGCCAUCUCCGUGCAAGUUCCUGCUGACACAGUGGAUCCCGCCAUCCGUGGCUUCCCAGACGCGGACGCCCAGGCGCCUCCGAGUCUGGGCUUCCGGGGCCAGGUGGCUUCCCAAGCAGCUCUGUGUCUGGUGAUGGAUUUUGGGGACAGCUCUGGGGUUCCAGUGGUGAUCCGCAAUGUGACUGGAGGAGCGGCGGUCACCUCCUACCACCAGUUCGGGAAAGAAGGAGCCUAUGUGCUCAAGGCAUGUAUCUACGAGUUUUGUGGAACUGAAAAGGAGCUUGGGCCUUAUUAUGUGGAGAUCGGCCCUGCGACCGUGUCCGUGUUCAUGAAUUCCAGCAGCAUCCACAAGGACGAGCUUCUUGUCUUUGCUGACUGCAGUACAAUUCAGAAAGGCACCGCCGUCUCGCUUCGACUUCCAGCCUGUCCCUCGGGGGACGUGGCCUUCACUUCUCAGAGCCGAGCGGGGGGCGGCCAGGCCCAGCACCGCGUCACGGUCGGGUAUCGCAUGCACCCCGUCUCUGUCUACACAAACGGAACCGUGUUUGCCACCGAUGUCCACAUCACUUUUCUGGCUGUUACCGAGGAAAUGACCCCCCUGGAGUUCGUGUGGUUGUUUGGAGAAGGUCCCCCCGUGAAGACAAUGUCCAGGAGCAUUAAGAAAAGACUUGGCGUCCCCCAGUGGUACAGCGUGACGGUGCAGGCUGCCAGUGGGCGGGGCAGCGUGGCCUCGGAGCCCCACCGCAUCAGGACGCAGAGGAGAAUCGUCGCCAAUCGGCUCGUGUCCCCCUCCUCAGCUCUGCUGAAUGCCAGCGUGACCUUUGAGUGCAGACUCAACUUUGGCACCGAUGUCACUUUCCUGUGGGACUUCGGGGACGGCACUGUGGGCCCCGGGGACAGCUCCGCUAGUCACACCUACAGCAGGGAAGGACAGUUCACCGUCCAGGUCCUUGCCUUCAAUGACGUCAGCACCACCUCCCUGAGAAAGCAACUGUUCAUCGUACGGGAGCCCUGCCAGCCGCCCCCUGUGAAGAACAUGGGGCCGGGGAAGGUGCAGCACGAGACGCAGGUGCUGGGCCUCUGA